CUCAAUGUUGACACCUCUCAAUCUCUCUCCAGCAUUCCAUCCAACUUUUCCUCACCAUCCAAAAUGUCGUCGUCGUCGGCGCAAGGCGUCUCUGAGGCAGAGCGUCAAGCAGCGUGGGCAGCUUACUACGCCCAGCAGGGCUACACGCAGGAGCAGAUCGCGUCAAUGAUGAGUUCGUGGGGCGCCGGUGAGUCGGUCAACGCCGAGGCAUCCACGAGCGCGGCCGUGUACGAUCCGACGCAGUACGACAAGGACGGAUACAAGAUCGGCUCGGUCGGCAGCGGCGCGACGGCGCCGAAGAAUGUCCCCAUCCUUGGCGCGGAGCUCCUGCAGCCCAAGGAAAAGCAAAAGGCGCCGUCUCACGGCAAGGCGCCCAAGCAGAAGCAGGUCGUCAACAAGCAGCGUGACACUGUCAUCCGCACAGCUGGCGGGAGGACCUGGGAGGACCCAACUCUGGUAGACUGGGAUCCCAAAUGGUAUCGCCUUUUCGUCGGCGACGUCUCGAAUGACGUCAGCGAGCGCACGCUCGACGAGGCCUUCGCCAAGUAUCGCUCGUAUUGCAAGUGUAAAGUCGUGCGCGACCGGUUGAGUCAGAAGGCGAAGUACGGAUUCAUCGCAUUCAAGGACCCAGAAGACUUCCUCAAGGCGUGGAAGGAGAUGGACGGCAAGUAUGUAGGGAACCGUCCCAUCCGCUUGAGCAAGAUCAAGGAGGACAAGUACGGGACUAUCGAGACGACGGCUCUGAGCAACCGCAAGGCAAAGCAGAUGGACAAGCUGCGGCGGAAUGGGGGUCGCGACAAGGCGCGUCCCACUCUCUGGUAGUGGCUGUCAACUCAGAGAGAUGUAACAUAUACUAGACUCUACAAGGUGAUAAUGAGAAGGCUUCUACUUCC